AUCUCUGGCACCGAGUGUUUGUGCGAGAAGAAGCGGCUCCGCCUCUGGCUGUCACUGGAUAAUGAUCUCUCUGGCCCGUGUCACCGCCGCACUAUGAGUCUCCAGCCCGUCCCGCACAGGCUCUUGUUCAGCGACUCCGACGACGAGGAGGACGGACACAGCACCGGGGAGGACUCGGCCUUUCAGGAGAGCGACUCGCCCGUGUCUCGGCUCAGAGAGAAGCAGGAGGGGCCGGGAGGAUCCUGGGAGGAGGAGGAGGAAGGACUCGGCUCGUCUCCCAUUAAAUCGCCCGGACAUUUCUUUAUGUGCGAUUCCCCGACCUACCGGGAUCUUCCUCCCGCCUCCCCCCCGGGACCCGCCGCCUCUCCCCCCGACUGUCCCGGGACCCCCCCGCACAAGACUUUCCGCAAACUCCGCCUCUUCGACACCCCCCACACCCCCAAGAGUUUAUUGUCAAAAGCUCGGGGGAUCGGCUCCAGCGCAUUGAGGUUCCGAGGCGGGACACUAUUCCGAGAAGCCGAGAAGCUUCCGAAGCCAGAGUUUACGUACAGCACCCCUCAGGUCAACAUCAACCCCUUCACCCCAGAUUCUUUAGAAAUCCAGUCUUCCACCGGGCUUUGUCGCCGGAGAAAAAGGGCACUUCUAAAUGACUCAUGCGGGGAGGACAUGGAAGGCAGUGAUUGUGAACUGGAAGAUGAAGACGUCCGGCCGGCGAAGCGGAUCCCAAUAACAGAAAGCAACAUGAAGUCCCGAUAUGCAACGGAAUUCCAUGAACUGGAGAAAAUCGGUUCCGGAGAGUUCGGCUCGGUGUUUAAAUGCGUGAAGAGGCUCGACGGCUGUAUCUACGCCAUAAAGCGAUCCAAGAAGCCCAUGGCCGGCUCUGUGGAUGAGCAGAACGCUCUGAGAGAGGUGUAUGCUCACGCCGUGCUUGGGCAGCACCCCCAUGUUGUGCGAUAUUACUCGGCCUGGGCAGAAGAUGAUCACAUGCUUAUUCAGAAUGAGUAUUGUAAUGGCGGGAGCUUGGCCGACGCGAUCAGUGAGAAUUACAGGACGAUGCAAUAUUUCACAGAACCAGAAUUAAAGGAUCUGCUCUUGCAAGUGGCUCGGGGCUUGAAAUAUAUUCACUCCAUGUCUCUGGUGCACAUGGACAUAAAGCCAAGUAACAUAUUCAUAUCCAGGAUAACUGUCCCAAACACAGGCGUCGAGGAAGGGGAUGAUGAGGACUGUGGCUCUGGAAAUGUCGUAUAUAAAAUAGGUGAUCUCGGUCACGUAACACGAGUCUCCAGUCCCCAAGUAGAAGAAGGCGACAGUCGGUUUCUUGCCAAUGAAGUCCUACAGGAGGACUACACCCACUUGGCUAAAGCCGAUAUAUUUGCCCUGGCGCUGACAGUUUGGUGUGCGGCCGGAGCUGAGCCCUUUCCUACCAACGGAGACCAGUGGCACGAGAUCAGACAGGGCAAGUUGCCCCGGGUGCCACAGUUACUCUCUCAGGAGUUUGUGGACUUAAUCAAGCUUAUGAUUUCGCCUGACUCAGAGAAAAGGCCCUCGUCCAUGGCCCUGGUCAAGCAUUCCGUUCUCCUAUCCGCUUCUCGCAAGAACGCCGAGCAGCUGCGCAUCGAACUCAACGCCGAGAAGUUUAAGAACGCACUUCUGCAGAAGGAACUGAAGAAAGCACAAAUAGCCAAAGCAGCGGCAGAGGAAAGAGCCCUCUUCCCCGACCGAAUAGCGACCCGAUCCACGACCCAGAGCAACCGCACGACCCGCCUCAUCGGGAAGAAGAUGAACCGAUCCGUCAGCCUCACUAUAUACUGACAUUUAGUACUGACAUUUAGUACCUGAUAGUCGCGUUCACCUUGUUCCGCUUGGAUCCAUUCGAGCAGCUUUAGUUUCACAGACACUGCGUUAGUAGGUGUUAAAGCUCCGACGUCCCCCUGGUGGGAAAUUUUGGAUACUUCCGCUACUGAAUUAUGGUCCUGGAAUAAUGGAACCCGAUCAAUAACCGUCGAACCAAAUGGAGCGGAGGGAGUAGUUGACCUUUUAGGCUUUUCUAUGUCCAAUUAGGACCCGCGUUGUAGCCUCUAUGGUGGUAAAUUUAGUCUAAUCAAGACACGUGGUAGAAGGAUUUAGGGGGGGCGCUAGGAAUUAGUUUUUUAGUUCCCCUCCUCUACAUACACUGGUGUAACCCCAUGAGCUCCAGCACCGCCCCAAGCUCUGCUUCAGCCCCGUUUCUAUUAAACAUCUCCAUUACUGUAAUCGUUUACAGCUUUUUAGUUCCGAAUUUACUUAAUGCAGAAUUCUUUCUUUUCUUUUGUAAAUGUGUAAAAUAGACGCGCCGGCGUGGGGGGAGGGUUGGGUCGCCAGUUUAGAAUUAAUGGCCGCCGGCGCCUGGAAAUCGUACAUUUUAUUGUGAAUUUUAUUCAACUUUGAGCACUUUGUUGGCAUCGGGCAAUGUACGGGCAGAGUCUGUACCCGCCACCUGAAAUUUGCUGCUAUUAGUUAGUUUUUUUUGUUUCUCCCCUCCCCCCUCUUAAUUUCUGUAUAAUUUGUAGCAUUAAACAAUCAUUGUUGUACUUUGCCCCUCCCCCCGAUGGUUGUAAUUAUGUCCAUAACUCCCAUGAUGCAACAGGAAAAUUUGCACCUUCUCACCCUCCCCCCCCAGCACCCGUUGUACAGAUCAUUCAUGUCCCGUGUGUUCCUUUUAUUUGUAUGUAGAAAUACAUAAUGUGACUAAAUGCCAAAACCUUGCAGAGCAGCCGCCUCCCCUUCUGCACCCCAAAUCCACCUGAAUAGGAAUCUUGUGCCAUAAUUGCACUAGAGACCCCCCAACUUUGUAAAUUCUUUGUUCAGAUCUCUCUCAAUUAGGGAUGUACUGAAUCCAGAGGGGCGGGGCUUAACUACUAGCAGCCGCUCACCCAUUGGCUGAUUGAUGAAAGCCGAUUGGCUGUCUCAGUUCCUGCUACCAUUCAGCAACUGUCAGUUUAUUAUAUUAACAUAUAAUUAAUAUACGAGCAACUGGGGACGCAGUUUGUUGCCGAUCAAGUUUGUGGGUUCUGUACACAAUGUUUGUUCACAAGAUGAUCUUUAUUCUAUAUAUAUGAGAAAAACAAGCUGCGCCUCUUUGUAAAUUCAGUUGUGAGUUUGUAAUGGUUGGUUUUGUCUCUAAAACCCUGUAAAUAAAUUUCAUGUGCCUUCCUCUUUCUUAA